AUGACAAGAACCAACAAGUGGACAAUUCAUGAAUCUAAGCCCGAGUCGCGGUACUUUACGCACAAUGGUCCCUUCGGCACUUCCCCUAACUACGUGAAGAAGGACGGGUCUGGCCGCGGCAACUGGGGCAAGCCAGGGGAUGAGAUAGAGGACUUGAUCGACGCCGGGGAGAUCCCGCCCUUGUUCAACAAGUCGCGGCGGGGCUCAAACUCGCAAGCGCGGGAGGCUCGGCUAGAGAAGGUCCAGCGCCACGAGCCGUGA